CCAAUAUUUACUGGUGUAAUGAAAAUUUUUGUACUUAAUGAGAACGAGAAAUUGCUCAUAUUAAGAAUUAUAGGUUAAGUACAUUUCCUAACAAUUUGAAAUAAUUUAAUUAAAAUAUGCCACAAUAAUAAUCUCAAACAUGUCGUCUCAGGCCAUCAAAUCCUUAGCGCUUUAUAAGAGGGUGACCGAAAUAGAUAGAGGUCUGGGUCCGCGUCUUCCGGAGGCUUACAAAAAGUUUUAUAAGGAAUGGAAGCUUACUGAACCGGCCGCAGUUCAUAGUAUACCGGAGGAAGGCAAGUGGAGGCGUGACGAAGUCACAGGACAAGUUUUUCCCAUCCAGAAUCAUCCGAUACCUGUGAGAUAUCCAGCUGAAUAUAAUAAUCAAAUUUGGGGCGGUGAAGGAGUUGUACAAGGAUUUGAAAAGCGACACAAGUAUAAUCGCAGAGUGCCACAUUUUUGGGUUCCAGCACUUAAGCGUUCCGCUGUUUAUAGUGAAGUGUUAAAUAAACAUGUCUCGGUUAUUAUUACAGAACGAGCCGUUCAGCAGAUUCAUGAAAAUUAUGGAUUUGACCAUUACCUACUUAAAACGUUGGCUUGUGAUUUGAAAUCCUUAUUGGCACUUUCACUGAAACGAAAAAUUCUCCAAGAACUAUCACAAGGCUGUCCAGCAUAUGCAAAUAAUCCCGAAAAGCAGCAGAUGAUUUUGAAUCGUUACAAAAAAUACUUAGAAGCUUAUACACCCGAAGAAAUCAACUGGUAUGGUUAUUCGUUUGAGGAUGCCUGUACUAAGUACAAAAAUUUAAUAGAGACCCAAAACCCUGUUGUACCAUUGAAAGUUGUAUAUCGAGCCGAAUUAAUUGAAAAGUUAAAGACUGCAGCUGAAAGUGCAAUUCAGGAAGACAAGGAUAUUUCGGGUGCAGCAUCCUGGAUUCAAAAGAUUAAUCCAUUCAGUAAAAAACAUGAGACAUAAGCGUAAUAUACAUUGUAGAUUGUUUUAUUUGUUGCUAUUUUUGGUGACAUUAAUUAAAUAUUCAACUGUAGGUGUUCUCUUA